AUGUCAUACUACACAUUGGACAAUCAGGAUGAAGUAAACCAGCACUACUUAGCAGAUGAAGAGGAAGAAGCAGAAGAGGCUCGGGUGAUGAUGGUACCCAAUUUGGAGGAGGAGGAGGAAGAAGAGGAGGAGAAAGAAGAGGAGGAAAAGGAGGAGGAAGAGGGUCAGGGUCAGCCAACAAUCAACACUUGGUGGUGGAAAUUGCAGAUCGUGAACGAAUACCUGUGGGAUCCGGAGAAAAGGAUGUCUCUGGCCCGAACAGGUGUGACCUUAGUCAUUUACUUCUUUUUCUACGCCUCCCUGGCUGCUGUGAUCAUCCUCCGCAUGUACACGCUAUUUCUGACCAUCUGUCCUUACAUGCUGACCUUCACUGAGAGGGUGAAGCCUCCUGGAGUUAUGAUCAGACCCUUCGUCCAUAGCCUUAACUUCAACUUCAACGUUUCUAAACCUGACACUUGGCAGCAUUAUGUGAUUAAUCUAAAUGUCUUUCUGCAGGGUUAUAAUGACAGUCUUCAAGAAGAAAUAAAUGCAGAUUGUACCCCAGGGCAGUACUUCAUCCAAGAUGGCAAUGAGGAUGAGGACAAGAAGGCCUGCCAAUUUAAGCGCUCCUUCCUGAAGAACUGCUCUGGCCUGGAAGACCCUACUUUUGGCUACUCUACUGGACAACCCUGCAUCCUUCUAAAGAUGAACAGGGUGGUAGGCUUUUGUCCUGAGCUUGGAGAUCCUGUGAAGGUUUCCUGCAAAGUUCAGAGAGGCAAUGAAAACGACAUCCGAUCCAUCAAUUACUACCCAGAGUCAGCUUCUUUUGACCUCCGCUACUACCCUUACUAUCCCUUUCGCUCUUUGCUAAAGCAUGUUAACUACACCUCCUUGCUGGUGGCAAUGGACUUUACAGAUGUGGUAAAGAACCAAGCCAUGCCUGUGCAGUGCCAACUGAAGGGCAAAGGCAUCAUAAAUGAUGGCAUCAAUAAUCAUUUUGUGGGUAGGGUAAUCUUUACUUUGAACAUAGAAACCUAA